GUUUACUGUGGAAUGUUUCUGGCCCAACUUGAGAUAUGUUUAUGUUUUCCUUACAACCUCAUCACUGAAAGUUUAAGACGUUUCCUAUUUUGCGACUAACAUAUCUUUUUAUUUUGUAUAUUAUUCGUUGCAUCCUAUUGCUUUCGUUUCUCUGAUGUUUUGGCAAACAGAUGUUAUCUUUCAAGUUAAUUGAACGACGCCCCCAUUACAAGACUUUGAAAUUCAAUUAAUGUUACCUUUCACAGUGUUCAUUGGACAUCUGAUAUCUACAAAGGAAUGUAUACUAAUUUUUCUGUAUAAACUGAGUAAUAUUAAAUGUCCUGCAUAUCUUGACGUGAAAACAAAUAUCAGGAAAGAGAGAGUAACAUUUCGUGGUCAGAUGCCUUUCGACAAACCUUGAAAGCUCUCGAAUGACGCAAAGUUUCGAUUUACGGUUUGCGCUUCGUAAAGAAUAUACUCUCAAUUUUUCAAGUUUUUCACAUUUAAUCCACAUUAAUUUAAGCCAUUCUUGACUCUUCCCUGUUUCUAUGCACUUCGUUAUUUCUUCUGUUUUACAAUCUUGGUCGAAUUUGUUGACAGUUUGGUAAGGAAUUGAGGUUUUUUUUUUCAUGCGGUUACAAUUUACUUAUUACUAUUACUGCUAGCCUGAGGAAGUUGAAAAAAAAUUUUACACAGUAAUUUCUCAAAAACUACUCUGAAUUAAAAAUGCCCUUUUUGUUUACAAUUUUUCUUUCUCUGGAAAACUUCCUACCACCCCGACCCAUGGUAUGAUAAUAAUCACUGACGCGCUCCACGACGUCCACGCCCUGUUAACGCGCUGUCUGUGAUUCCUGGAUUUCCUAGUCUAAAUAGGUGACUUCAUUUAGCUUUGGGUCAAACGCUCAAAGUCACUCGGGCGCACCACAACCUCGCUUCAACACUUUCCUCUAACCGCCGAGAUGUCCCAACCAACUCAAGAGGAGAUGGACGAGUACAAAGACGCUUUCGCUUUAUUUGAUAACGAAGGCGACGGCAAGAUCGAGUCGGAUCAGAUCGGUAGGCUGCUUCGUUCUUUGAACCUCAACCCCGAUGACGAAGACAUUGUGAAGAUCGAAAAAGAAGUGGGCAAUCGUCGUGUCAAGUUUGAGGAGUUCCUCGCUAUCUUCUUGGCUGAGAAACAAAAGGCAAAACCGGUCACCGCCCAGCAGUUUAUCGACACGUUGAGCGUUUUUGACAAGGACAAUGCCGGCAAGGUCUCCUCUGCUGAACUACGUCACGUGUUAACUGCGCUCGGCAAUAAACUCAGAGCCAAAGAAGUGGACGUUUUAUUUGAAGAUGUUGGGGAACAUGCCGGAUAUGUCAACACUGCAGAUUUCGUCAACAUGGUCAUGUCGAAUUAGCAACGAAGACCGCUAUGUACCAUAACAUGAAGUUUUAAUUAUCGAUGAGUUGUGGAAACAAUUUAAUGACAAUAAACAGUAGAUAUGGCCUUAAUUUUUUCCCUGAUUUCCAGGGCUUACAAAUGAGAGAAGCGUAACUUGAUUUAAAAUAUGGUAGCAUUUCUUUUUACAUCUUAUUAAAGAGAUUUUUACUUUUCGUAA